AAUGUCAGACUGAGGAAGAAGAAGAAGACUUUUAGAUUCCUUUCCUUAAAUCAACUAAUUAAAAAAGCCAAGAUAUUGAAAAAAAAAAACAAUUUCAGUAUUUUUUCGUCAAAUAUUCUUUUUGAUAUUUGUAGUCGCGUGUAGAAAAACAAAUAAAAAGCUAAAUUCUAUGUGACCAAAUGUAUGACAACAGUUGCAUUAUACAUACAGCUACGUACUAGGACAGAGAGUUGAAGAGAAAAAUAAAUGAAGAAAAAAAUCACUAGUUUUUGCCUUCGAGUUUGACCACGUAGUACGGUAAUGUCAACACCGUCUAAUAAUGAUGGCAAUUCUGUGGGAGAUGAUUUUUACAGAGGUGGGCUAAAUCCAAAUAUACCACAGCCGCAGAUUCCGCACUAUGUAAGCAGCGUGGGUGUACAACAACCAUCCCAAUCCGGACAGCAACCGUCUCCUCAGUUUGUCCAUUGGCCCAAUCCAUUGAUGGGCGGCUCACCGUUUAUUCAACAACAUCAUCCUCAUGCCCCACAACAGAUUUUCAAUGAUGUAUUAUUCAAUAUUCAAGCGCAAGCUGCAUAUGCCUCGCUGCCACCGACACAAGUUUCAUCUACAGCCCAGCAAGAAACAUAUUCAGUCUUAAGGGUGGGCAAUGGAAACUUUUUAAAAAUCUACCACUGUCCCGAGAAUGCUAUGGGUCCUAUGCCAGGGGAAACGUCAUUUACACCCUUGCACCAAUUUGCCCCACAGCCUCCCCCACAACCACAAACUGCUUACCAUCACAUUCAACCACAGGCAACGAUUCAACCAACGCAGCCACAAGCUCAUCAGCAAACCCCAUCACAUUUGCCUACAAAUUCUAACAAUGGUGGGGCACCGCAAGUUUUCAACAGUUAUGAGUUAUUUUCAAGCAAUACAUUUACUCAAUUGCCCACAGCUGAAAUGCCACCUGUACUUUUGCUGGGGGCGACCAACAAUAAUCUAAAUGCAGAGCCCAUCUCUAUGUUGGAGGAGUACGAGGAAGAACAAAUUGAAACACCGCUGUCAAUGUCACCAUUGACACCUAAUGUGACAAGCAACUGGUUAGGUGGGAAUACGUCCAUAAAUUCCCAUUAUGAGAACUUCGAAAAUUCCCAACAAAUGCAAACCGAAAUGGACUAUCGUGUCCAAAGCAGCCAGGAUUCUACGAAAGCGGAAAGCCCAAACAAAAAUGAGACAUCAGAUAUGACUUCGGAAUCGCCUCUCAUUAUACAGCAGAAUACGUCUAAUCAAAAUGUAUCCGCUAAAGUACAACCAAAUGAAAAGCCUAUUACUAUAAUGAAAUCAACUAAUUCUGUACUAAAUCAUAAAACUGAGAUUCCACGUCAAGACGCACCUAAAAAACGAAUUGUCGCAGAGGUUAAACCUAUGCGAAUGACGUACUCCGAUGUUUUGAGCAAAAUUAACAAUCAGACUCAACAAAAUACAUCUACGUACUCUUCCAAUAGUAAACACCAUGCUCUUAACCCUACAGCUAACAAGCAUCAACAAAAAUCAUCAGUUAAAUCAUCGUCGUCCUCUUCUUCCCCAUUAGAGAAUAAUGGAAGUUCUAAUGUCUUAAAUCCACGGCGUCAUUUGGACGAGUUUUCAUCUUUGCGUACAUCUUCGAAGAAAUCUCCAACUCACGAUAAUAAAGAGAACCAAAAUCAGCAAUCUCUGAAUAAUAAACCUAAUAAACGAUUUAGCACACCAAUGGUAGGAGCAACCAUAGCACCGAAUAAUGCCAACAAUUCGUCUUUAAAUAAUGCAAAUAUAUCUUCAAACAACAAGAGUACUGCAACAGGAACAUCAUCUCAAAAAAAUUCAAAUAACACCAAGACAAAUACUAAUGAGCAACAGCAGAAAAAGCGUAGUACCAAAACUACUGAUACUCAAGCUAAUGGAGCUAAAAUUGCAAAUGACAGCCGUGGCGGGUCCGCCAAAAAUAAUGCGACUUCGUCGAACACAGCAACAGCUUCACCUAGUGUGUACAACGCUGCAAGUAAUACGUAUGUUCGAAAAGCAACAAAAUCGCCUAAUUCAUCGUCAUCGAACACAUCAGCUGGUCCAGGACCACAAAGGUCACGGUAUCAAAAUAUUUCUAAUGCUUCUUAUUCAUAUUCAUCAACGAAACGUAACCGAAAUAGUAGCACUUAUGGUACAUCAUCAUCGAUGAACAAUUCUUCGUUCUCUCAUGGGUCAGGUAAUAAUCGGAACUACGAAUUAGCCAAACGCGUUCUUCAAGCUUGGUACUCCUAUACAGUAAAAAUUUUGACAUGGCUAUUUAAUUUAGUAUAUGAUAUUGUUGUUGUCGGCUGCAGUAUUCUUUAUGAUCGCUUGACUUCUGGAUACGAGUACUGUAGCCUAUAUGUCAAACAACUAUACAAAGAUCUAAAACAAAACUCAAACAAGCCGGGUAUUUGGUUCAGGAACACAUGCCGUCGUUUUGAUGCAAAAUUUUCUAAGACCAGCAAAUGGGCAUUUUGGAGGAAAUUUUUUAAGAAACGGCCACCAGAGACCACUGGCGAAUCUAUUAAAACAGGUCGCUUACCACAAACGGGAGAGGAAGCUAUGUAUCAACUACUGAAUUGUAAAGGAAAAGAUGCUUACAGCAUUUUGGGAGUGCCUCCUAAUAGUUCGCAAGAGCAAAUACGUAAACAUUAUAAAAAAAUAGCUGUACUUGUUCAUCCAGAUAAGAACAAGCAACCUGGAGCUGAAGAGGCUUUUAAAGUUCUCCAGAGGGCAUUUGAAUUAAUCGGAGAGCCGGAAAAUCGGUUAGCCUAUGAUCAGAGUUUGGCAGAAGCUCUUCACGCCGAAAAGGCAUGGACGGAACUACACGAUUUACUCUCCCAAUUACAAACUAAAAUUACUGAAGCUGCAAAUACCAUUAGGUGUAGUACAUGCGGCUUACGCCAUCCACGUAAAAUUACUGAUCGUCCUCAUUACGCGGCUCGAGAAUGUGCAUCAUGUAAAAUUCGACACUCUGCAAGAGAGGGUGAUAUCUGGGCUGAAACAAGUAUGCUCGGUUUACGUUGGAAGUAUUUAGCUUUAAUGGAGGGAAAAGUUUAUGACAUUACUGAAUGGGCCAAUUGCCAAAAAGGGGCAUUGGCUCAUUUAGAGCCAAAUUCGCACAUGGUACAAUAUCGAAUUGUUCGAGGAGCUCAACAGCAGCAGCAGCAAAAGCAACAUCACCAUCAGCAACAAAAUCAACAACACACAGGAUCUCAUUAUGCUGGGGGAGCAACUAGUGGAAAAUUUAAGCGUGACAAUAUACCAACUACUGAGGCAUCUUUGCAUGAGUUCCUCGACAACUUAUAUAGUGGACAACAUCCGCAACAACAGCAACAGAGUACUACGUAUCCGGGUUCCAGCCGUCGGCGAAAUCGUCGCAAUUAAUUAAAUUGAAAAUAUCUGUUCUUACUGCUACACCUGACUUGAAUCUCUAAAUUUCUGUUAAAAAAUCAUGCAUAUAUUUUUUACUUUUGCUCCAUUUUGCCAUUUGUUUACACCGUGUAUACUAUUUUUAUUUUAUUUUUCUUUCUUUGUCUACAUAACUUUUCCAUCGAAUUUUGUCAACUUUUGUUCAUAUGUUUUCUUUUUUUCAGUUUGUGUUUUUAAGAUUUUAUCCUAUGCUUAGUAAUUUUACCAAAUAAUAUGCAACUUCUGUUAGAGAAGCAAAAACUUAAAAAAUCACUUAUUAUAUAUAAACUCAAAACAAACAAAACAAAAAUGCUACUACAUUUUUAUGUUAAAUGUAAUGUUACUCAUAAAUGUAAAAUCUUAUUAAACCUGUGCAAGCAAGAAAUCCAGUGUGAAUUUUGAUUCUAUAAAUAUGUUGUGCAUUGAUGUGUGAAAAUAUGACUUGAUGAUUA